CCGGUUCCCCGGGGCCAUGCCAUGCCAUGAGGUUCAGGAACGCCAAUGUCCUGGCGGCGCUGGGGCUGUGCGCGCUCUUCUCCUUUUCCUGGCUCAGCAGCCACCGGACCAACGGGCGAGGAAAUGAUUUAGACACUUUCCAAAACCAGUUACUGGAACUGCGGGAAAGAUUGUUACAUGCAGAAAAGGAAAAUCACAAAAGGUCUCGGGAGUUGAGCAGUGUCCUGGACAAAAUCAAAGAUGCACUUGCAGAGAGAGCAAACACUACUGCAAAUCACACAGAUGACUUGAAAUGGAAAAUUUUAGAUUGUUCCAAAAAGCUCCCUGUACAUCUCAGCAACAUGUACUACUAUCUGCCUCAUCUUCAGGAGCAUGAAGACAGCGUUUAUCCAAAUGUAAUCACUGGACAAAGGAGAACUGGCGUCUCUUUGGUGAUGGGUAUUCCCACUGUAAAAAGGCAAAGACAAAAUUAUCUGAUAGAAACACUGAAAUCUCUUUUCUAUGAGAUGUCUGCAGCCGAAAAGGAUGACUGUGUCGUCGUUAUCUUCAUAGCCGAGGUUGAUGAAGAAUAUAUUAAUAGUGUUGCAGAAAGUGUUAAGAACAACUUCCCCAGUGAAGUGCAGUCUGGAGUCCUAGAGAUCGUUUCACCACCUGCCUCAUAUUAUCCAGUUUUCUCAGACCUCAAGGAAACGUUUGGAGAUUCCAAAGAAAGAGUGAGGUGGAGGACCAAACAAAACUUGGAUUAUAGCUUCUUGAUGCUCUAUGCCCAACCCAAAGGAACAUUUUACUUACAGCUGGAAGAUGAUAUUGUAGCCAAGCCUCAAUAUUUUCAGACUAUAAAAAAUUUUGCAACUCAACAGACUUCAGAUGAGUGGAUUAUUCUUGAAUUCUCGCAGCUUGGAUUUAUAGGAAAGCUCUUUAGAUCCAGAGACUUGCCGUUCAUAGUGGAAUUUUUUUUAAUGUUCUACAAAGAUAAACCUAUAGAUUGGCUUUUGGACCACUUACUCUGGGUUAGAGUAUGCAAUCCUGAAAAAGACGCCAGACACUGUGACAGACAGAAGACCAACUUGCGUAUCCGCUACAAACCUUCCCUUUUCCAGCACGUGGGAACAUAUUCGUCAUUACCCGGAAAAAUUCAGAACCUAAAAGAUAAAGAUUUUGGCAAAUCACCAUUGCAUGUAGCACAUGUCAAUCCUCCUGCCUAUUUAAUUACUUCUCUAAAAGAAUAUCAGCAUUAUUCUUUGGAAAAGGCUUAUUUGGGAGCUGAGUGUUUCUGGGCUUACUCCCCAGUGGCCGGAGAUUAUAUCCUAAUAAAUUUUAAAGAGCCUUUGCAAAUGAAAGGAUAUCUUUUCAGAAGUGGAAAUGCAGAACAUCCAGGAGAUAAACUAUUUAACACGACUGUGGAAAUUUUACCCGCUGAAAAAGCCGACUUGUUAAAAAUCUCACUAGAAAAUGGAGAUAAAUUUGACAACGAAGCAACUGAAAAUGAAUAUUUUAAAAUAGGCGCAUUUGAAAAUGGAAUUGCUGAAGGUACAGUCAGCCCGACAGUGGGGAAAAUAAAAGCUCUUCGGUUAACUGUACUCUCCAAUUCACCUGUAUGGGCUUUAUUGAGUGAGAUAUUUAUCAGGACGGGCUGAAAAGCCGCCCGCCAAAGAGCAACGCUGCAUUCGAGAAGGCACGGUCGCUUCUCGAUUGCCUGGAGCACCAGGACAUCUAGUGGUGGAGACAAAGUGAUCCUCUGAACGCAACACACAAAUCCGUAAAGUGCACAUUACUGUUUCUAUUGAGAAAAAGAAAAGUCAAUAUUUUAUACAGAAUUUAGUACUCUGAAGAACUUGAUGUGCUUUAAAGCAUUUGAAGAAGUCUACGUGUCUAAUGUAAAAAAUAACGCAGGGGUCUUUUUAAAUUGAGGAAAUACUUUUUUAUUGGCACAACAGCCUAAUAGAUCCAGACCUAGUAAGCGUUUCAUUCAAACGGGACAUAAGCUCUUCCCAGUCCAACGGCUUGCCCUCACCUGCCAGGCCGGGGUUCACAUUCUAACAAUGGUCGUGAGCUCUGCAAGGCAGGGCCCGGGGCAACCAUUAUCGUGGGACCCACCCUCGUAUCCUCCCAUCCAUUUUCUCCACCUUCAUCCUCAGUCGGCCCCCUCAACCGCCAUCUAAACAAGUAGGCCAGAGGGUGGAGGGCAGAAGCAGCUUUACAUUUCAGCACUUUUGACGGAAGGUUUUACCCUGGAAGAGAGAGGCAGCGCAGUCACAGAUCCAGAAGCGGUGACCGGUGACCAGACUUGCUCUUCCGAGGGCUGUCCCCAUUCCUUCCCCAACAAGAUGCCCUGAUCCCAAGGCCCUAAAGUGCCAGGAUCCUUGCCAUCUCGACAGAGCUGCCCAUUCCCUACCCAGUGGAUCUUGGGCUGUGUCCCAGGCCUAGGAUGCCCUAAUUCCCUGUCAUCUCCUUCCCUCCCCUUGUGCCGGGGAAGUGGGAGCCACAUAAACACAAAAGGAGAUCUACAGGAGAUCAACACUACCUUCCUCUCGUCUCUUCUGCCUUGGCUCCUCACCCUCUAGUCAAGUACCCCUGAACCGUCUCCUGCUGCUGGGUGCCCCCCCACACCGUUACCAUUCUUUGGGGAGGCCCCUACAAGAUGUGCAAACACCCCCCACCCCCCGAAACUACACACUGCAUUAUAUGUCAAUGUGAAG